UAUGGCGGACAAAGAAUCAUUGUGUUUCGAUAAAUCUGUUAAAUGUGAGUGGCAAAAGUAUGUUCGAAACAAUGUAGAGCAACUUGAAACCGAUUGCAAGGCUACAAAAGACGUUAAAGAAAUAUUUAGAAUUGUUAAGAAGACCAUAAAGGAAAAUAUACAUACUGCGGAUUUUCUUUUGAAAAUACAAGAAGCAAUCAAUAAAAAUCAUCAACGUUUUCUUGAGAACCAAGAUCUAUUGGCGUUUUCCAUUAAUGGCAGCAACCUAUCUCGAGACGACGAGGAGUUAAGUGUCGUUUGUCAAAGCUCGUUGGCGAAAGGGCAACAUAACAAGAUAUCAAAUUGCUCAUCACUAGUUGAAAUGAGAUAUGAUAAAGUUCAUGGUCGUUAUUUGCAGGCAAAGCAAGAAAUAAUGGCUGGAGAUGUUCUAAUUAUUGAAAAACCUUAUGUAGCAGCUCUUGCAUCAUGCAACAAAAACACACACUGUUCACAUUGUUUUUUAAAGUUAUCACAACAUUUUAAAAGUUGCUAUACUUGUAAUGAAGUGAAGUAUUGCUCAUUAAGAUGUCAAAGAAAUGCCUGGAUAUCUUAUCACAAAAUUGAAUGUGUUCUUUCACCAUUGUUAAAAAUGCUUGACAUGACAUCACUGUUGGCAUUGCGAAUUCUUCUCGUCACUCCAACUCAGACUAUGAUUAAUGUUUUUCAUAAUGAUCAUGAAGACAGUUCAACGUUCAUACCAGGUUAUAAUGAAGAUGAUUUAUAUGAAGGUGAUUACAAAUGUGUCUACGGUUUAGUGAGUAAUGUGGAACAUCGUCAGAUCUCAGCUCUUAUCUCUCAUGCAUUGUACGCAGUUUGCAUCACAGAAAUAUCUUUUCCCUACAUAUAUGGUGACAAGAAGGAAUUUUUUCAACUUUUAAGUUGUUCAGAUGAAGAAAUGACAUCAGCUGCUAUGGCUGAAACAUUGUUCCAUCACUUGAACCAAAUGCAAUGCAACAUGUAUGGUGUAACAGCUUUACUUUCGUCGUCACACAACGACGAAAAUGGCGUGUACACUACUGAACAAAAAAGGAUCGCUUCAGCAAUAUAUCCUACUGCAUCUCUCUUAAAUCACGCCUGCUAUCCUGAUGUAAUUCCAAGUUUUUCUGGCUCCACUCUUGUCAUACGUGCCAUUCGUAAUAUUGAAAAAGGAAAGCAAAUAUCACAUUGUUACGGUCCUACGGUCUCUCGAAUGAAUAGGGAAACUCGUCAAAAGCUUCUUAAAGAACAGUAUUUUUUUACUUGUAGUUGUGUUGCUUGUCUUUGUGAAAAUGAUGUUCAUUUUGACGAUAACUCUGGCAUGUAUGAAUGGUUGUUUAUUUGCCCAAAAUGUUCGGAAGGUGUGAAAGUUUCUCGACGGAAUUACUGUGGAAAAUGUCAAAAUAAUGAUUGUGGAGAGGUUGGGGACUUUACACGAGAUGUUCGUGAGAUUGAGAAAGCUAGGAGUCUGUUUGAUCUUUCCAUGGCGUGUUUAGAACGGGGACAGAUUAAGAAGUCUUUGAAAAUGCUAAAAGAUUGUUUAGCCAAACGACAAAAUUUUUUACAGAAAUUUGACAGAGAUCUAGCAGAAACACACGAUACAAUGGCAAGGUGCUAUGCAAUGCUUGGCGAUUUUCGACAAGCGGCGAUUCAUUGUCAAGUUAGCAUCGAAACUGUACGACAACAUUUUGGAUCAAAAAGUAUUGAGUACGGUCAUGAAUUACAUAAACUGGCCCAGUUACUUUUCAAUGGUCAAGAAGUAGAGAAGGCAUUGACCGUCAUCAAACCUGGAGUGCAGAUAUUGACUCUUCAUUAUGGUGAAAAAAAUGAAUAUGUCGAGGAAUUGAUACAAAUGAAGAAAAUAUUAUAUGAAAUAGAUCAUGUGUAAUAUUUACGAGUAAUUUUAAUGUCGAUUGAAUUGUAUACAGGAAAUUUUUAAAUAUUGUAGAUAAAGAAACCAGCUCGUUUUCAUCGCUUGAAUGUACAAACUUUCUCAUGUUACUUCAGCUGACGUAAAGUAAAAGUUUGUAUUUAUAAACUAUACGAUGCUUUUGUGACAGUGCUAUUGGUAACGAAUUUCUAACAAAUAAAAUAACCUUAUCAAUGA